AUGGUGGUCAAAUGGAACCCGCCGGAUGAACCGUGGAUCAAACUCAACACUGACGGAGCAUACAUGGAGGCAACGGAUAAAGCCGGGGGGGGAGGACUUGUUCGUGACCACGAGGGCAACAUGCUUGCAGCCUUUACCUCCCCACUCGAGGCUCACUCAGCCCUCGAAGCGGAGCUUCUGGCCAUCCAAUUCGGACUGUUUACCCCCGAAAUCAAAGAUGCUCCAACGGAGACGGUGAAUUUUCUGUCGGCGAUUGAGAAUUCUGGCAACAGAAACGCUAAAUCGGCGGUGGAGACUGCACCGAUGACGAUAUUCUACGGCGGACAGGUCAUGGUCUUCAAUGACUUUCCGGCGGAUAAGGCGCAGGAGAUCCUAGCUUUAGCUAGCAAGUCCAGCGCCGUGGUCGCUCCGCCUCCCGCCGCCGAGUCUGCCUCCGGUGUGCCUGCCUUCGUGGCCGCUCAGCCGUCUCUUGAUUCUGAUUUACCGAUUGCUAGGAAGAAUUCUUUGGCGCGGUUCUUGGAGAAGAGGCGGGACAGAGUCACCGCAAAUGCGCCUUAUCCAGCGGCGGCAAGGAAGGCAGCGCCGGUGCCGCCGCCGAAGGCGGAGGAGUGGCUUGGAUUGGGGCCGCAGAUUCAGCGCAACUAGUAAUUGAAUUGAAAAAGAUUGUUAGUAUAGUAGAGACUAUAAUUUUACUGCUUUGCCUUUGUUAAUUUGUAGCAUAAUAGCUUUGACUGUUAACUCUUUUUAAGGUA